AUGCCUCAGGCACGCAGUCUUCGUACCAGAGGCACGAUGAAUGAGAACGAUGAGAAUGGACCGUCGGCACGUGUGACUCGGGCUAAGACAGCCGCACUCACCACCGAUGUCUCUGUUGCUGGAGCUAAGAAGGCAUUGGGGACCAAGCGAGCAACUUCAACCACCACCACGGGAGCUCAACGUCCUCGCGCCGCCCUUGGCGAUGUGAGCAAUGUCAACAAGAACGAUGGUGCCGACGCGAAGGCUGGCAAGAAACCGGCUGCCAGCAAAGUCGGUUUGACUUCCAAGGCAACUGCCCACACUGGAGGAAUUCAGAAGGUCAGCCGGACCAACUCUGCACGAACUUCGACAAGGCCUCCCCUCCAGCCCCGCGAUUCGAACAAGAAGCCUGCCAGCACCACACACAAACGCGCAUCAAACAAAGAUAUAUCGCUACAAGAUGGGGAGCCUCCCCGCAAGAAGCCUGAGCUUGAGAAAAAGGUCCCGGCUGUGGACAAAAUCCCCGAGGAGAAGGUGGAGACAGAGGGCAAGACUACAGUGAAGGCCUUCGAUGAUGCGGUGCAAGAUCUGGACACUGAGGACCUGGAUGACCCAUUGAUGGCUGCUGAAUAUGUUGUUGAAAUCUUCGACUACCUGAAAGAUCUCGAAAUCAUCACCUUGCCCAACCCUGAUUAUAUCGACCACCAGCCCGACCUUGAAUGGAAGAUGCGUGGCAUCCUUGUUGACUGGCUGAUCGAAGUGCACACCCGUUUCCGCCUUCUUCCCGAGACCUUGUUCCUCGCUGUCAACAUCAUCGAUCGUUUCCUGUCUGCUGAAGUUGUCGCCCUGGACCGUCUGCAACUUGUCGGAGUUACCGCAAUGUUCAUUGCCUCCAAAUACGAAGAAGUCCUUUCUCCUCACGUCGCCAACUUCAGCCAUGUCGCCGAUGAGACCUUCUCCGAUAAAGAAAUCCUCGAUGCUGAGCGCCAUGUCCUCGCAACCCUGCAGUAUAAUAUGAGCUUCCCCAACCCUAUGAACUUCUUGCGCCGUAUCUCCAAGGCCGACAACUACGACAUUCAAACCCGUACUCUUGGAAAGUACCUCAUGGAAAUCAGUCUUUUGGAUCACCGCUUCAUGGGCUAUCCCCAAAGCCACAUCUCCGCCGCUGCCAUGUACCUUGCCCGCCUUAUCCUUGAGCGUGGACCCUGGGAUGCCACUCUCGCUCACUACUCUGGAUACACCGAGGAAGAGAUUGAACCCGUCUUCCAGCUGAUGGUUGAUUACCUCCACCGCCCUGUCUCCCAUGAAGCCUUCUUCAAGAAGUAUGCUAGCAAGAAGUUCUUAAAGGCUUCCAUCUUGACUCGCCAGUGGGCCAAGAAAUAUCACCACAUGUAUGUCGACGCCGCCGACUCGUACGCCAAGGACGAGCAGUAA